AUGACCUCCACCCAACCAAACCCCCGCCGAGGCUACAAAACGGGCGUGCACCCCACAUCGUCAUUUUCUCAUACCUCCACUGCCCAACAUGCACACCAUACCUCGUCAGCUGAACCUGACCGAGCACUGAAAAAGAGCGCCACCUUCCACUCUCCGAAAUCGCCGGCAGCGGAAGACGAUCCAAUACUGCAUAUUCCCUUGUUAUCUCGCCGAUCACCAACAUCGCCCACAGCUCUACGAGAUGCCGUCGCUGCCGGUGAGCAGCGUGUCUCUCAGCUCUUAGGCAGUGUAGAUCGCAGCCUAUCAGGUCUGGAGACCUUCUCUACUGAUAGUCAAGAGACUAUUCGACCUGACGAGCAUCCUGUUCCGCGCUUCAUGCUGGACGGCACGAUCAACACUGAAGAUCACAUGGACAUUGACUCGCUUGCUGACCCAGUCACACCCCUCAAAUCCCAGCAUCGCCAUAAUCGUCACUUCUCAGAUAGUGGCAUUGGAUCCAGCAUUACUGCUUCCGACGGCGCAGAGUCUCGGGAUGAUGCAGGUAAGUCUCGGCAAUACAAACAAUCGUACACCGCAACUACAAAUACUCACCAAAACGCAGCCCAAAUCCUAGCUGAUCUAAAGCGUACUUAUGCUACCGCCCACAGCGUCCACUCAGGCAUCAACGGUACGAGUGAGUCUGAUGCUCAGCACGCUCUGAGUGCCUACGCUUGCAGGCAAAUCCAGAAAUACCUCAUCCUUCCCAUUUUGAAAGAAGAAACCCUCAAGAAAUUUCAUCCUCUUGUGACUGGCAUUCCUGUUCGUGUUGGGAGGAAAGAGAUCACUUGUCUUCGUGAUCUCGAGAAAGUCUUGUUGUAUUUGGCUCCGGUGAGUGGAUCUUCUUCUGUGUGGGAAAGGCGUCUGGCUCAUUGCUUUGGGUUUCAGCGGUUCUCGGAGUCUCGGUCUGCUUUCUUGCGCUUCUGUGAAACGUCGAUUCAGUGCCUUCAUACGACUGUCGACCAUCUCAACGACCCAGAUCAGCGGCGACCAUCCGACAGACCUUAUACUAACUCAUACUUUGUCGAUCUCACUGAACAGAUUAGACAGUACGCAGCUAUGAUAUCUGCAGCGAGGCAAAGGCUAGUAGCCGGUGAAACCCACGACGAUGACGAAGAAAUGAUGUGCGAAAAUUCUGGCAACUACCAACUUUUGCAAAUGCUAACAUCUGCUAGGAAUUCCAAGAUUUCGCUGGAAGGAGGCAUUGGCCAGACAGGCCGGCCUGCCCAACUUGUCCGUACUAGUAACGGACGCUCAAUCUCACUUCGCACUGGAGAAGAAAUUGAUCUGCAAGCACUACGUGACGAGGCAGGAAUCCCGAAUAGCGACGAGAUGGACGAAGAGAUCCUACUAUCCAUGGCUCGACGCCGCAAGGCUGCCGAGAAAGUCAUACACCGUUGUGGCGAGUGUGAUAAAGAAUUCAAACGGCCGUGUGAUUUGACCAAGCAUGAAAAGACACAUUCUCGGCCCUGGAAAUGCAACGAACCGACUUGCAAGUACUCUCAUUACGGUUGGCCGACCGAAAAGGAACGCGAUCGCCACGUCAAUGAUAAACACUCAUCAACCCCUGCCAUGUACAAAUGCCAAUUCCACCCCUGCCCUUACGAAAGCAAACGUGAGAGCAAUUGCAAGCAGCACAUGGAAAAGGCUCACGGAUGGGCAUACGUACGCUCCAAGAAUAAUGGAAAAACCGGCCGCAAAGCUAGCAAGUCAAGCAGCAGGUCCUCUCCGACCCAGCAAAUGACUACACCCAGGACUCAGGUGCUUGAUGGAACGGAGUCGGAUUUUGGUGACUCAUCGGCUAGCCCAUAUCUGCAAAGCUCAAGCGACCUGCACAGUUCAAUCGCAGGCACAUCCCCCUAUCUCAGCAUGAACGAGGCCUACACACCCUCCCCAUUUGAACCUAACUUCACGUUUGACCAGCCGACUCAAACCCUUACGCCCACAUCGCCUUUCACACCCGCAUCCCAUCGCCUCUCACUGGACAAUGGGGUUGGACCAAAUGACGUGACCAUGCCUUCUUAUGAUACUACGUUUGCUGGUACGGACAUGCCGUUGUUCAAUGAUACCUUCGAUUGGAGCAACAUGGACACGGGUUUCCAGAGUAUGAAUAUUCAACUCUUCACGCCUGCUGCUUCUGUGGAGAGCGGACCAAUGGAUGGCUAUAAUAGUCGUAAUCCUUCCAUUUCGGUGGAGCAGCCCAUUGUUCACGACGUCAAGCUUUCGCCUGGCGCCCAAGGUGCUCUCAUGCUAUACUCGCCUAAUGAUGGCGUUAUCGAUGAGGGUUACGACGAGUUUUCCAUUACUGAUAUGGGCAAGCCGACGAACGACUUUGCUCUUUUUGAUGAUACACGUCCUGAGUCCAGUAUGGGACACGGCGGCAUGAACCUCUUUGAAACUUUGCCCCCUUUCCAAUCACAGACUUGGACGGGGCAGCACGUCGAGCCGAUCAUGAUGGAGGAAUAG